UUAUUAACUUAACCCAAUCACUCAUCCAAACACAACUAACUUAUCCAACAUAAACUCUCAUGCUACAAGCCUUACACAAGCAUCUUGCACGAGGAGUGAGAGAACGAAUGGAAGACUCACAGAAGCUAUCGUUAUUCCACAAAUCUGGUGUAUACAACUUCAAAGAUUCCAACACCGUUUUCAUUGAUCCGGUACGCGUUCUAAACCGUUUCUACAACCGCUUCACCGUUUCUCCAUCCACCUACUAUCCCCGUUUCUUCAAAUCCCUAACCCCCAAAACCACCGUUCCUUCUUCUCCCACUAAACGCAAACGGAAAAAACGAAAACGGUGUUCGGAAGAAUCUCGACCGUUGAAUGAUAGAGAACAAAUUGCACUUCAACGCCAUCAGGAACUGAGGCCUUUGUUGAUGAAAGCACAUGAGUGUUUGUUGAAAUCAAAUGGACUUUUGGGUGCUUUGAAAGAUUUGAGAAGUGAAAGUGAUUCUUGUUGCUUGAAAGAGGAGUGUGAGUGUGGUGAACAAUGUUUCGUUGAAUUGGGGCAGCAAGCACCAGAUCUUGUUGUUACGUUAAAUUUAUGUAUCCGUGACAUUGAUAAGGACAUGGAAGACUCCCCAAAUGUGCAAUACUGUGAGCAAAGGUCGAUACUACCCGUAUUCAAUAAUUUUGUUGUUAAUGACACCGAGGAUGACGCAAUGGCUGAGAUUUUGAACAAUCAUUAUAUAAUGCCUCGAGAGAGCUGCUUUUACAUGUCAGAUCUGGGACAGAUUCGCAAUCUCAUUCCUGCUCACACUGAUUGUGGUUUCAACCUUAUAAUGGUGGAUCCGCCUUGGGAAAAUGCUAGUGCUCAUCAGAAAUCAAGGUAUUCAACCUUGCCCAAUAGGUACUUUUUAUCCCUUCCUAUUAAGCAACUUACUCACACCGAAGGUGCCCUUGUAGCAUUAUGGGUAACCAAUAGAGAGAAGCUACGUAGUUUUGUUGAGAAAGAGCUUUUUGCAACGUGGGGGGUCAGCUAUGCUGCAAGUUUUCAUUGGUUGAAGGUGAAAGCAAAUGGAUCCUUGAUUGGUGAUUUAGAUCUCUUCCAUCAUAGACCAUAUGAAAGCCUAAUUUUGGGAUACAGUCCUGGGAAGGUAAAAAAUUCUGAUAACCAAUCAAAAUUUAAGCCUCUGAAGGAUGAUCAUGUGAUUAUGAGCAUUCCUGGGGAUUACUCGAGGAAACCUCCAAUUGCAGAUUUAUUACAGGAGUAUAUUCCUGGGGUCAAGCCUCCGCGAUGCGUUGAGCUAUUUGCUAGAGAAAUUAUGGCUGGAUGUGUUGCUUGGGGGAAUGAACCACUCCACUUUCAAGAUUCUAGAUAUUUUGUCAAAAAGAUGGCUACCUGAUUCUUUAAAAAGGAUAUCACUACCUGAUGAUAAUUUAUGGUCAUCUCUGAAUUUUCAGUCUAUUUUAAAUUACGUUUUAACUUUUUUUUCCUUCCCGGAUUCACCAUAGUUGGAUUUUGAAUGGUUAGUGCAUUCAGUCCAUCUGAGUCCUUAGGUAGAUAUUGGAAGACCCAAAUUGUUAGUUUGACAAAUUAGGAAGUAAGAAUCUCGUUUAACAGUGAGAUCACUGACUUCAGAGAGUAGAGAGUGUGUUUCCACACUUUUUCUCUCUUUCUUUCUGUGUGUAAGUGAAGAAACAAAGAUAUAGCAAGUGAAGCCCUGCUUCCACUGGGAGAAUGUAGUUUUAAGUUCUGAUA